AUGUCUAAUCGCCCAACGAUGUUGCCCAUACUUGAUGGUUUAACGUGCGGCGAGUCAUACUAUCUGAUCGCCCUGGCCGUAUUCCUCACAGGCUGUACCUUCGUCUUCACGAAGAGAUGUCGCAAGAUCCCAUCAUUCUCCACCAAGAAUGGGCCUACAGCAAGAGAGAAGGGGGGCAUCAAUGGCCAAAAUGCCAAUUCAACCCCCUCUACUUUUUUAGGGCCGGUUGAUACGUUGGUUGACUUUGACUGGAAAACUACAGAGCCUCUGAAGAACCGUCCCUUCAAGCCAAAAUACCAUCUUACUAUGGCACUGGAGAAAACAGAUGCUAAUAAUCUAAUUGUUAUGGAUAAAAACUAUCUAAACCGUGUCAAUCUACGCCAGAGAUAUAUAGCCGAGUACCCAACCACCGUUAUCGGGCAUCUAGAUGGGUCGCGGCCGGCAGUCAAAGAACUAUAUGAGUUCCUCACAGACGGUCUGCUUCCUGUGCGGUGGCCCCAGAUGUUCCAACGCUCAAAAGGUCAACUUAACAACGUGAUUACCGGCCACAGUCUGCCCAUCAGCUGCCCAGAGUCCUCUACAGAGGCACUUACCCAGAUUGGGAGUAAUUUAGACGAAGACUUUCUGAUACUUCUUCCUUCGGAUGACGGUGAUGGAUAUAGGCUAAAAGCUUUCGCAACGUGCUUUCUCAGCGGCUUUGAUGCGAGCAAGAAGCUUGGCUUGAAAUUGCGAGAUAUUCACUGGCCUGUCCCGAAGUACAUGCAAAUAUUGAACAAGAGUAUGGACCGAUAUUUUGCUGCGCUGGAGGUUGGGAAGUUUAAAAGGAGAUUCAAUUGGAGUGUUAUGACGAAUAGUGAACUUUUCACUCCGUUUGAAAUCACUCAUUUCCAUGAUGGGAAGCACACCAAUGCCGACCAUCCUGCUUCAGUUACAGUGGAAAACACAUACCAGCGUACAGAAAUGCAGUCUCUGUUCCGCUUACCCCAGAGUGGUGCAAUCGUCUUCGUCAUCAAGACAUAUAUGUACCCCAUACAGGAAGUCAAAGAUGACGGGUAUGGGGAAGAGCUAGCAGCGGCUAUUGAGGGCUUGCAAACAGGGAAUGUGCCAGAAAUGUUCUUUUACAAAAGCGAUCCAAAAUCCUUCAUCCUUCGCGCCACAACGAGUAAGGCAAGAUCCUUCGACCAGGACCCCAUGGCCCACACUAGACCCAGGUCUCCUCAGGGGCGGAAGCUUCGCCUCGAUCCCCAGCCAGCAACCGCUCUCCUCAAACAUGGCGAAAUUCUCGUUCAUCUCCGCCUUCAUGGCCUCCCCAGCCUGGAGUCGCUCGGCCUCACCCGCAAGGACCUUAAGGCUAUGGGACGUGUCGCGAGUUCGUCCUCUGCCGCCUUUUAUCUACCAUCCACCCAUUCUAAGUGCUGCCAUAGUCCCCGAGUCGUUGACGCCCACAAGAUCCGCAGCGCCCUUCUGUCCGGCAAGCGCGCAUCCGCCGCUACCAUCCCGACUUGUGAAGACAACUACAAAUUUCCUAAGGAUGGCGCUCAAGUGUGUAUUAACUUCCUUUCGAAUCUUGGCUCGAAGCCUUGUGAAUCUUGGCUCGAAGCCUUGCGUCGUAUCCAGCAGAUGUGCACCGACAACGACGCGUCCAUUAUGGGCGCCAACAUCAAGAACCUGGCGAGCGUGGCAUCGUCCUGCAGCGACGUCGCCAUCGCCGCGCAGUGGAUUUAUGACAACUGCGGUAUUGACACUACCAACAUGAACGCUUGGGCUCACUUUGCGCAUGGCAAUGGGGACCUUCUUAUUUCCAUUGUUCCCGCAUAG